CUGAACAGAGUACGUCGUCAAAAUAUUAGCAUCAUAUCUCUUCUAUUAUGAUCAGUGGAAUAUUUCGGUUUCAGAAUAUAGAUAGCAGACGGCCAUUUCUUGGAAUUGUCUGCAAUUUAUCAAGAUAUCAAACAGUCUGCUGUGAAACUAGCAUACCAUAUAAAGUCAGCACGUAAAAAAAAAUUAAUAUCAAUCAUGUUUAUUUGCUGUUACCGGCUGUGACAAUCUACUUGAUUAAAAAAUAAAAAAAAACAUAUUUCUGAAUACCUAUUCAUGUAGAAAAUAUUCAAGCGAGUCAGGAAUUACAUUCUACGUUAUUUUAAUGUUUGAAUGUUGGAUGGAUUUCUAAACUCAAGUCGCAGGCGAAUAUUGAUGCGGAAUUAAACCACGAUGAGGCGACGGACUUCAAGAAAAUCCGCGAAAAGUAAAUCUAAGUUUGGCAGGGCCGGGGAGAUAUUGCGCAAUCUGUUUGUAGUAUCACAACUUUGUCAGAUAUUCCUUAGCUUGGCCAUUGGAGUGCUACAAUUUCAAGGGAGUGAUAGUUCAUCAGCAGAAGCAAGACUUCGGGAGACACUAUUCAGGCAUUAUAACAAACUCCCACUUCCGGUCAAGAAUGCCACUGACCGCCUGGACAUCAUGUUCGACGUGUAUCUCCAACAACUCAUUGAUGUGGAAUGGGUUGAUCAUCGGCUUAAUUGGGAUGUUAAUGAGUAUGAUGGAGUGUCAAGUAUCAUAGUACCAACCAGCAUGAUAUGGACACCGGAUAUUCUGAUUUACAACAAUGCUUACGGACCCUUCCACAUUCGGUACGCAUCAAAUGCUACCAUUAACAGUAAUGGGACCGUGCGUUGGCUCGUACCGUCAGUCUACAAAAGCGCUUGUCGGGUAGACGUGCGCUUCUAUCCUUUUGACGAACAGAAAUGCCAGCUGAAAUUUGGUUCUUGGACCUACAAUGGCCUAGCUAUCGACUUAUUACCAUCUCAAAACCCAAAUACCUCCAAAAUCCGCUUCUGGCCCAACGAUGAGUGGGAAGUGGAACUUUCGCUUGGAACGCGUAAUGAAAAGACAUACCCGUGUUGUCCGGAACCCUACAUCGACGUAACGUUUACGAUUUCCUUGCAGCGAAAACCAUUGUUUUACGUUGCGUACUUGUUACUCCCAUGCGGGCUCAUAUCAUUUAAUACAAUCCUUGUAUUUUACCUUCCUGCGGAUUGUUCGGAGAAAAUGCAACUUUGCACGUGUAUCUUACUGUCAAUGGCGGUGUUUCUACUGCUCAUCUCGCAGCAAAUUCCCGCAAACGCCAACAAUUUGCCGCUUAUUAUGAAAUAUUUGCUGUUCACUAAAAUAAUUGUCACAUCUUCUAUUGUACUGACGACUUUUAUACUAAAUAUGAGAUUUAGAACGCCCGAGACACACGAGCUUUCGAAGUGGCAAAAGCGGGUAUUCUUGGAUAUUUUUCCUAAGUAUUUGAAAAUGCGCCGUCCAAACGCAUUUUACGCACGGUUCAACCAUUCAGAGUCUUCCGAAAUAAGAAAAGAUAGCAUUAAGCUGUUAUCAUCAAGGGUUGCCAGCAUGCUAGCACCCAUGUUGGUGACGGAGACAUCGUGUUCAAAGCCCGACGACGAAGCCGAUGAGAGAGCAGAGAGACAAGGCUUACUGAACAAACCUUCUAGUUUGGGACAUAGUUCGAUGGAGCCUAACGUUUCCACCAAUGCAUACAUUAAAGACGUUAAAGAUUCUGUUAAUGAUAUCGUUUAUAUUACAUCUCAGUAUGCAUUCACAGAGGAAACGUGCAAGGCUAAAGAGGAAUGGAAAUACUGUGCUAUGGUCUUCGAUCGUAUUUUCCUUAUUAUUUAUCUUUGUGGCGUCUUCGUUGGAACAGUUGUCAUCAUUUUGGAAGCGCCCUUAGCCACAUCGUUCUUCACAGAACAACUGUGGACCUCUCAGCAGUCAAAUUCAAGCUCUGUAUGAACCAAACCGUCGCUCAAAACCCUUUUGUAAAUCACGUUUUGUGCGCACGUUCCAUGCCGUGCAUGUGCAUGUCUUUUGCUUUUUACACGGUACGGAAUGGUAUCUUAUUGGUACAAGAAAUAACGUAUAAUAUUAUAUUCUCGAUGGAUGUUUCCUGAGAUACACAUAUGCAUAUGUUAACGAGAAAGAACCAAUUUUUGUCUCAGGAGAGUGUAACUAAGACAUUGCGACAGUAUCUAUGAUUAAAUUUGAUAAUUCAAAAUUGUUUUGAACAUGAUCGUAGAAGCAGAAGCAGGAGACAUUGAGCUCAUAUCAAUGCCAUUACAUCACUGAAGUGUAACAGGACUUCCUUUUGUGUUACACAUUAGUAAACUUAGUUUAGACUUAGGCCAAGAUCUUCAGGCCAAUUGCUAUAUAUUUAUAUUUAUAACUAGUAGAUCUACAAUACAGACCACGACGACCGCUAGUGUGAUAAUGAAUGCAACUAGUAUAAGCAUUACCGGUAUGGGCUUCACUUGAAGUUUUUGUUUUGUUUUGUUUUUAAUUACGUGGUGUAAUUGAAAAAAAAAUCACGUACAGGACUAGUAGGAUGCAUGAUCCAAGUGCAUCACCCCACACAUCACGCAACUGUGAAGGCCUACACUUUGAUACCAUGAUAGCACUUCUAUCUGCCGCAGUUUGACAUAAACCUACGUAUAAGUUGUGCGCGUGUAUGAUUAGUGCUGCACGUAAAGAAAUCGCAUUAUUUCUCGUGUGACGGAUGGUGGUCACAGUUGCGUAGGAAUUGCUGGACGCCGUAAACGUACGUACACGUACGUUUUGAGGCACACGUACGUGUCUUUGUGGACAAGCGCGUACUCUUAGCAAUCUUUUGAUUGAUCAUUUGUUAAGUUUGAUUGAGAGUCGGAGAAAGUCCAUUGCUCUAGUCUGAACCAAGUCUUACUAAUCUCUCUGAACCCAGACUGAAUGUAAUUCUUAGGAAAAGUUAAUUUAUCCAAUUAUUAAGUUAUUAGUUCAUUAUUCCUGUUUGCUCAAAGAUGUUUGGAUAAAGAUUGACCUCAGACGCGUGCGAAACAAAUAGAAUAAAGGUUUAUGCAGGCGUGACAAAUAUGCAAUUCAUUUGCAAUAGAAAAUAGCAGCCAUCAUCUCAUUGAUGGCCUAGCGUUGUCCACACGUAGGCCUAUGAUAUAAAUAGUUUUGAUCCCAUUUUUGUGACGUGGGUGCGUGUCUUUAGUUCGUGAUGUACGUGAAGAAAACGCACGUAAUUAAUACUCAUUUCUACGCAUGACUGAUAAUGGUCGCGCGUAAGACAUUUUGUCUACGACUGGGCACGUAUAGGUAUAACAUGAUAUCGAGAAAAUGAACUUGUUACAGCAUACUUCGUGGGGAUGAAUUAUAUUAACGUUGUCAUGCAAAGCUUUCCCCUGCAUAACAUGAAUUGUUUGCGAUAUCCAUUACGCAUCAUCGGUCAAAACAGACGAUGAAGUAAAUCCCUUCAGCAUUCUGCUUGCUAUCAACCCCUAUCUGAUUCCUUCAUCUGUCCCUUGAUCGUGUUUCUAUCCCUUGAUUUUUAAAAACCGUCAAAUUUAUUCCGUUGGGUUUAUCAGGAGAAUACGUAAAUGACUAAAAAUGACAGGUCAGUUUGACAGUCAAAACGUCAAACGACAUGAAAACCAUAUCAAUAUUGGUGGCAUUACAAUUCGAUAAAUAUAAUGAGCAGUGCAUGGACUGUGAGCUCACUUACCCACGUCAUCAACAUUUUUUCGUGCGCAAUAUGCUUACAAGAUUUGCUUGACACUGGACGGUUCACAUAGCGUUUGAAUUCCGGAUAUUUCAGAUAUAGGGGCUAAUAAAUUGUAAAAUAACUACUGGUAUUGCAAAAGUAGGCCUACCCAUACCGUGAAUAAUAAUUGCCGCUGUCAAACAGUACCGUAGCAAACGCUGUUUUAAUUAUUCGUCGCUUUCGAAAAAGAGUCGCGACUGGCCGGGCACUCACUGUGCGGAGUUGGAUUCGGCGGCCAACGGUCGUACGACGCAGUAAGUGCCAGGCUUUAGAGUCAGCGUGCUUUGAUAUUUUAGUAGCAUUGUGAACGAUGCGCAUUAACACAAAUCAAACGAUUGUUGUUCUGUGUGAUAAUUAUUUCAACCAUCAAAAUAACGCGCAAACUUUUGAUGACGUAAUCAAUGGUUUGGUAUUCAACACUUAGGUAUGAUUGAGGAUAUUCUGUGUAUUUAGGCCAUUUUAUGAACGUUUCAUUUAUAUUAAUUCUUUUACAGAUGGUUUCAUUUUUUUAAACAAAGAUCUUCCAUUUAAAUAUUACUUUAAAAGUCCGCUAUUCGGGUCUUCCGUUUAUAUAUAUAUUUUUUGUUUUUAUCUAGCAUCUAUUUAUUCAUGUCAUAAGUUCUAUUGGUAUUGAGUUUAAACUAUUUUUAUCAAAUCUAUCUAAAUAUCCUUUUUAAAUAUAGGCCUAUACUGUUUGUGUUGAGCUAAAUUCAUAUGAAUAUUUGAAAGGCUCAGGCCUGUAUAGUACACUAAGUUAUUGAGUAAGUUGAGGCAGGCAGGGCCUACAAUUAACAUUCUAUUUUCCUUCAUAGGCUCUUAAAUUGAAAUUAAUUUAAUAAAUUGAUUUUUGAGGUUAUUUUUUUAGAUUUCACUGCAGACGGUAAACAUUCAAGUAAAUAUUCUGAUUCAUUUAGUUGUAUUUCAAUAAUAAUAAUAAUAAUGAUAAUAAUAAUAAUAACAAUAAUAAGUAGUAAUAAAAUCACAUUGGCCUAAUAAACUUGUAUUGAGUUGAAAAAAAACUUUGCUUUCAUCAUCAUCAUCAUCAUCAUUCAUCAUCACCAUCUUCUCCUCAUCAUCAUUAUAUUAUUGUAUUCUAAUUAGUCUUCCAUUUUUACAUUCAUCAAAUUCAUCUGAAUACGGAAGAUAGGCCAAAUAAUUUUAAAGAUAUUUUGGAAUGAAUACAUUAUAAAUAUUAUAAAUUAGGAAAUUUAUCUGUCCCACUUUUAAGUCCCCUGUAUAUGAUACCACGUUUUAAUGCGCAAUUAAUGUACGCGCAGAAUAUAUAUUGAUAAACGAAUGAAUUUAUAAAUAAGAAGGCACAGUGAGUUAAGAUCUACUUAUCACGAAUAUUAUUACUCCCGGGAAAAUAAAUAAAUCUUAAUAAAAA